CUUCUGAUGAGACAAUGAGGACCCACACUCGUGGGGCCCCCACAGUCUUCUUCAUAAGUUUUCUGUGGACCCUGCUCACUCCAGCAUCAGCAGCAGGACCAGACCCCAGUGGAGGAAUCCCCUUCAUGGGAGGUAACUAUGACAGUCACCCAAUGCUGUACUUUGGCCGGGAAGACGUAGAGGAGCUGCAGUAUGCCGCGGCAGGGACCCACCAAAACAUGGCCCAGAAGAUCAGGGAGGCUGCGGAGACCAUGCUGGAGCACCCGGAGGAAUACUUGCCUCCCUGGAAUCCUGUAGAGUUCAGCGCUCGCUGGAACGAGAUCUACGGAAACAAUCUGGGCGUGCUGGCCAUGUUCUGCCUGCUGUACCCACACAGAGCUGGGGCCCUGGACCUGACCAAAGACUACAUGGAGAGGAUGGCGUCCCAGCCUAGUUGGUUGGUGAAAGAUGCCCCCUGGGAUGAGGUUCCGUUGGCCCAUUCUUUGGUUGGGUUUGCCACAGCUUAUGACUUCCUGUAUGAAUACUUGAACAAAGACCAACAGGAGCGUUUCCUGCAGGUGAUCGGUAACACUUCCCGCCUGAUGUAUGAGAAGUCCUACAUCCGAGGAUGGGGCUUCCAGUACCUGCACAACCAUCAGCCCACCAACUGUGUAGCCUUGCUCACAGGAAGUCUGAUUUACAUGACUCAAGGUUACCUCCAGGAGGCCUACCUGUGGACCAAGCAGGUGCUGUCCAUCAUGGAGAAAUCCAUUGUCCUUCUACAGGAUGUGACGGAUGGCUCGUUGUAUGAGGGUGUGGCCUAUGGGACCUACACCACCCGCUCCCUGUUCCAGUACAUGUUCCUGGUGCAGCGACACUUCUCCAUCGGACACUUCGCCCACUCCUGGCUGCUCCAUCACUUCUCCUUCCUGUACAGAACCAUCCUGCCUGGAUUUCAGAAGACUGUAGCCAUUGCAGACUCCAACUACAACUGGUUCUAUGGACCUGAGAGCCAGCUGGUCUUCUUGGACCGCUAUGUGUUGCGAAACGGCAGUGGGAACUGGCUGGCAGCUCAGAUUCAUCAGAACAGAGUUACAGAAGGGCCGGGACAGGCUGGCAAAGGCCAGAGAUGGUGCACUCUGCACACAGAGUUUAUCUGGUAUGACCCAGGAUUGAUGCCCAAACCCCCACCAGAUUUCGGGACUUCUCAGCUUCACCACUUUGAGGACUGGGGUGUGGUCACUUAUGGUAGUGCUUUGCCUGCAGACACUAACAACUCCUUUCUGUCCUUCAAGUCUGGCAAACUGGGGGGACGUGCCAUCUUUGAUACAGUUCACAAGAGUAAGUACAAAGAGUGGAUCAAAGGCUGGAGGAACUUUAAUGCUGGUCAUGAGCACCCUGAUCAGAACACGUUCACCUUUGCACCCAACGGUGUCCCGUUCAUCACAGAGGCGCUGUACGGACCCAAGUACACUUUGUUGAACAACGCAGUGCUGUUUGGUGCUGCCCUCCCAGGGAGCUGCUUUGAGCCAUGGGUUGGACAGGUCACAGAGGCCUGCGACUCCAAGUGGCUGAAGUACAAAGUGGGUCUUGCUGCAGAUGCUCAGGGCCAAAUAGAAGCUGCUCUGAAGAGAGACAAUAUGGUAUUCAUUCGAGGUGAGGCACAUUCUGCUUAUAAUCCGGCACUGAAGAUCAGGAACUUCCAGAGGAACCUACUCCUUCUUCACCCACAGCUCCUGGUUCUGGUGGACCACAUCCAUCUGGAUUCGGACAGCCCUGCCAGGGCCAUGAGUGCCUUCUUUCACAACACAGAGUUGCCAUUCCAAAGCACAAAGGUAGAUGGUGUUUAUGGGGCGUUUGCAACUCAUAGGGGAGAUAAAUAUAAGAUGUUCUGGAUGGACGACACAAACUCCAGCAAUAAAGGGAGGGUGGGUUACUGGACUUACCCUCGAGGAUACGCCUACAAUGGCUCUAACUAUGUGAAUGUCACAAUGCCACUGAGGUACCCUCACACAAGGGUGGCCUACAUUUUGUUUGGACCAGACAUAGAUGUACAGAGCUUCAGCUUACGUGGGGACGAUCAGAGGGUGGAUGUUUACCUUGCCACCAAGGACCACACCUACACCAUCUACCUGCUGACCGGAGAAGUCCCCAGCAAGCCUUUGUUUGCUAUGGUGCUGCUGGACCACAAGAAGAUUGUGUUUGAGAGGGCAGCUGCUGUGGUGGAAAGAUCACCCGAGGAGGUAGAAGAAUAUGUCAAUGUGAUGGAGGACAAUCUCCAGCAUGUGAAGCCUGUGUUCCAGCAGAUGGAGAGGCACAUCCUGGGACGGGUCCUCAACACUGCCACCUUUCGUAAGACUGCAGAACGUCUCCUCCAGUUUUCGGACAAAAAGAAGACAGAGGAGGUCAUUGAGAAAAUGUUUGCUAUGUCUAAGAAACAGAACAAGGGUAAAGGAGGGAAGAGGAUGAACCUCAGAGAGAAGCUUUCUGAAAGUCUGCCUGACAUUUUUGCACAGAUUGAGUUAAAUGAGAAGAAGGAGAGACAGAGGACAUCAAAGCAGACAUAUGAGGACAGUCCAGAGGAAGGAGAUGCAGAUUCACAAGCCUUUGUGGAUUAUACAGAUAGUCACAAGAACCGGAAGGGAGCUUUUAUCAAGGGCCGCAGAUUUAAGGAAGUUCACAUGGUGGCCACAGCGAGGAGUGAAAGGGUCUCCACUACGGCUUCCUACAUCAGACUGUUCCUUCUCUUGAACACUGCCGCAUUCUUCUUACUGCUGGCUAUGCUGCUCACUCGCUUUCAGAGAAGUCCAAGUUUGCACACUCAGAGAUGUUUCUACAGCAUCCUUCUCAUUGAUUGUUUCAUCCUGCUGUUCCUCUACUCCUCCUGCUCCCACACACAGUGCUGACACCACCUCACAUGGCCUUGAUACUCCGUCACAAAACUCUGGUGCUUGCAGGUGUGACGUUCAGCCUCCAUGACUCUGUCACCUCAUCAGUCCUUAACUUCUCUGUGUGCUGUACAUUUAAGUGUAUAUCUAUUAAAGCUAUUUUUAUAUAACUGUGAAUAAAAUGA